CGGGAGAGGCCACAGCAGUGAGAGGCCCGCGUACCACACACAAAAAAAAAGUCAAGGGGAAAAGCAUGUUCUCAAGGGUGAUAAAGAGCUUGGCAGUUUCAGAGUGUGAAAGUCGGUAAAGUCAGAGAAGGUAGGUAGGAGCCAGAUCUUAGAAAGCUUAAAUAAGGCAUAUUUAAUAUCUCAGGCAAUGGGAAGUCAUUUUAGGUAGGCAAAUCAUAUAUUCAGGUUUGGAAGGCCGUAUGCAAAGUGAUUUAGUGUGUCCAUCUAAAGGUAGAUUAUCUUGAUUCAAAUCCUAGUUUUGUAUUCAGGCCAUUGACAUUAGGCAAUUUACAAUUAAACCUUUUGUUUCCUAUAUGUAAAAUGGGGUAAUAAUAGUAUCUUAUUUGUAGAGUAGUUAGAAUAACUUAGAGAAUGCAUGAAAACGCUUAGUACAAUUCAUAGCCCCUGGUAAGUAUAAAUUAACCACUUAGUUAUUGUUAUUAUUUAUAUUAUCAUUGAGUUAGAAUGGAGUAAGAUUAAUUGCAGCAAAACCUAGUAAUUCCGGCAAGAGAUAAUUGUUACUUGGUUUGUUAUUGUUAUUAUUUGUAUUAUUGAGUUAGAAUGGAAUAAGAUAAAUUGCAGCAAAACCUGUUAGCAAUUCUUGCAAGAGAUAAUUGUCACUUGGCUUGUUUUAGUGGUAGAAGGGAUAGAGAAAGAGAUAACUUCUUGAGAGAAAUUUCACAGGUAGAAUCCUUGGCACUUGGUGAUUGAAUGAAUGUGCGAGAUGAGGGAGAGGGAGGAAUUAAAUUGGGUUUGGAAUGACAUCGAUAUAAAUACACCCACAUCAGCUGAACUAAAAACUAAAUAAAUCAACAUUUAAAGCUCAUUUUUACUAAAUAAUAAGUGAUAGAUAAUGCCCAGAAGUGAAUCUUAUGAAUUUGAAGCACUGAGAUUGAUCCUUUUCCAUCUAUAAUCGAUAAACUGCUGAGGAGGCUGGGAGAAGAAUAAAUGUAAUUUGAACAAUCUUUUCUCUUUUUCGUUUGGUGUUUCCUUUCUCUUUCUGCCAGUUUUAGUUCUGUGAUUUGGUUAUUUUAAUUUUUUAGUGUUAGGUUGAGCCAUAUAGAAGUUCCCAUUUUUGUAGAUCAGAAAAUAUUUAACCAGAAAUGAAAUGGUUAAAUAUUAACAAUUUCACAUGGUUCAUCUAGUUAUAUUCUCAUUCUGUAAAAAUUUUUAACUGGGGCUGUAGGUGUCUAUUUUGAAUUAAAUUGAGUACCAAGGCCAUCUGAAGGAAUGUUGCAGUGAUGGCAUAAGGACAAGUGGAGCUGAGCCCCAUGAAGUAGGUGACUUAACCUGGCAUCAUCUAUUCAGUGUGGCUCUGGGAGGGCAUCAUAUGGCCAGGUUUUUUGUUAGCUUUACCAAAAGGGACAUGUUAUAUAUUACUUUGGCUUUUUUUUUUUUUUAACCUGAUUGUAAAAAAUAGCACAUAGAAAUUAGCAAAUUCACAAAACAUAGAAAACCAUAAAGAAGAAAUUAAAAAUCACUUGUAAUCCCACUAUCCAGCGAAAAGUAGAAUUGAUUUUUAAUGCAUUUUCUUCCAGUCAUAUAUACAGAAAUACUCUUUUAUUAAAAAAAAAUCAUGUGACUGCAUUAUUUUUAAAGGUAAAUGUAUGUAUAGAUUUUUGUGAGGACAUAGAUUUAUUGCUCCCCCUUGUCAUUAGUAAUUUGUCUCCUCUGGAGAAAAUGGUUUCCUUUAAUCCAAAACAAAGCAUUUAACUUUUGACUGAUUAUUUUCUUUAAUUCCUAGUAUGAAUAUUUUGAUUAUAGCUCCUAGAGUGGUUUUACUAAAAUAGAAACAAAAUGGAAAGAACUACUAUUGUACUAAUGGUAUUGUAACAGUUUGUGGUUUUUGUUGCAUUUUUAUAACAUUUUAAAUUCUUUAAAAUUAUCAGUUAAUAUAUUACCUGUUUUUAUCAUUGUAACUGUCUAGUUUCAUACAUGAGAAACCUGAAAUGGAAUAAGAAUAAGUUACAUGCCCAAAUUUACAAGUAGUUAAAAAAGCCUGGACUCUUGACUUUGGUGAAUGGUUUUUCCAUUUAUUGAAAUACAACUCUCAGGAAUCAUUCUUUUUUUAAUUCAAUAUUUAUUAAGCAGUCAAAACAUGGAAGUUCAAAAAUAAAGUCUAUGUCAAAUGUAUAGAAUAUUGAGUAACCUGGUUUGGCUGGAGGGCAAGGCAUUUGGGGGUUUCGGUAUAGUGAGAUCAGACUGGAAAGGCAAUAGGAGCCAUUGAGUCUUCUUGAAUAAUGGAGUUCAUAAUAACCAUAAUGAAGCAUGUGCUAUUGGAUAUUUUAACGAGGCAGAAAUGAAUAGAUUAGAAAAAUGAACAAGACUAGAAGUCCAGACAGUAUUUAAUGAUAGCCUAAAGUAUUAAAAACUAAAAGGAGGAAACGAAUUUGAGGGCCAUUAUAGAAAUAGAUUCAUAAGAUGUGGUAACUAAGAAUGGUAUAUUAAGGGAGAGAGUGGUCAAGAUGAUUUCUGAGUUCAUACCUGAGUGCCCGGGAAAAUGUGAGAAAAAAAGUAAAAGAGUCUUAUUUGGUGGGAAAAAAUGUAUUUAAUUUUGGUCAUGCUGUGGUUGAAGUCUCUAUAUGACAUCCAGGUAGAUGUGUGACUAGCAGGCAAAUUGUAGAAGGAAAGGGGAACUCAGGAGUGAAGUCAAGUUUUGAGACAUAGGCAGAGAAAUUAUUUGUCUAGUGGGAAUAACUAGUGCCAUACCAUCUUUCCUUCUUGCCUUACAUAUGUAUAGCCUCAAUGUAUUUGAGGAAUACAGGGCAGCAAAGUGUCGAAAUAACUGUCAUUGCCCUUAGAACUGGGCAGUCACAAUAAGAGAGGGCACCGCAGGAUUCAGAAGAGCCCCAGCCUCAAGCAAUGCAGUAGGACUGGUGGGAAAACACAGACUGUUUAGGAAGGCUGUUUGAGGUUGUGUGAGAAGGAAGUAAAGUUAUAUACCUGCUGUGUACUAAGUAUUGGUAAGCCUUUUGUACACACUGUCUGCUUUAUUUCUCACCAACAUCAUGAAAUAGGGAGUGCGAUCCUCAUUUUACAGAUGAUAGAACUGAGGCUAAGAGAGGCUAAGUAAUAUUAGAGCAAGGAAGCAAGGAUUUGAGCCAGAUGGGUGUUCAGUGCCAUGGGUCUUUUUGCUGUGCCACACUUUGCCAUCUUUUCCAAUAAGACCUGUCAAUUACAGCUAUCAAGCUUAUGCUCAGUAGGUUUUUAAGCCUUCGUGCAGUAAGCACAGCGCUUCAGAUCUUAAAAUGUAAUUGAGUGACCAUUGCCUGCAAUGAGAAAGCAUGUGUGUGAAACAGAUAAAAAAUGAAAGUUGGAUCACAUAACAUAUAUCUCCAUCCAGGUGUGCAGACCUUCUGGAAUGUUUACAAAUGUCAACAUUUGUUUAUUUUAUUUUACUCUACUGAGUUAUGUGAAACUUUACUUAGAAGGAUGAAUUGAGAGACCAAAGAUACCUGGAGGAAAAGAUAAUAAAAAAUACACAUUUCUAAUUAACUAAAAAUUGUCAUAAUUUGACACUCCCAAUUAGCUGAAAAUUGUCAUCACUUAUGACAUCACCUGAAGAGCCACAGUAAAAUCCCAAUUUGCCUUGUGUUAAGUAAGCACAAACAAGAUUGUAUAUUCUAAGAUACAAAGCUAGUUUGUACCAUGAAACUUCCUGCGAUUUUCAAACCUGGGUGGAAGUGGGUGCAUUUUCUUGUCCAUCUUUUGUUUGUAUAUUUGUGUACCACUUCUCAGCAAUCUAGAAGUAAGUAAUGGCAUCUCAAAACCAUAGGAUAGUGUCGAAUACAGGAAUAAUGUAAUUCCUCUUUGUGUGUGCUAUUUCUGCAAUAUUCAGAGUAGAUGGGAUUUUCUUUAUUUUUUCUCUUGAAAACCCAAUUUUUAAGUUUGUUUGUUGUUUUGGUCACGUUUCUUAAAAUAGAUCCAUAUUUAGUGAAUCAUGAGAGAAAAUUAAUGCUAAAUGUGUAGCCUUCUAGCUAGAACUUCUUGUGCUGAAUUAUGAUUCCUCAGUUGUCACGCACUGUUAACACACUUUCGUUCUUUAACAUUGCUCUUUGUUCUAUGGGAAAUGCUACAAGAAAAUAGGAAUUUCCUCUCACCAUUACCCCUCUGGCAGUGUGUUUCAAUCUAAUUCCUGGCUUGCUGUCUGUCCUGGUUACUACCUCUUCUCCUUACUAGCAGUCUAAAUUCUGCUUCAUCUACUAAGAGGGGGAUUCCAGACAGACGAGGAAACAGCCUUCAAACACUGCCCUGCAGGCAUAUUAAGUUAUUCCCCCACUGUGCAGUCUGGAAAUCAGGGAGCACCUCUCUGGCAAUGAAUUCUAAUGAGCUGCUAAAGAUGCCGGAGUGUGUGCGCACACAGGCGGUUUCUUUCCCCUCCCCCGCCUCUUCCUUUUCCCAAGCCCCUCUUCUCCCUGUUUCCCCUCCUACUCCUUUAUCCCCUCCCUCUGUGUCUCAUUUCUGCAGUAAACGGGGCUGAGGCACAUUCCUGCUUUGCAAGGCUUUCUGUUAAGGUGUUCUGUGGCUUUUGUUUGGAUCGCAGCAUGCUGAAUUACAGCUGUUCAGAGGAGACUCAUUACAACUCCUGCUGAAGUCCUAAUCUUCCUCCCUUCCCUUCUGCCCCUACCCCGUACCCUCAUUGGCCUGAAGACAUUGUACAGAGUUUGCCUAACUCCCCUGGUGCUAUGUGUAUGGUAAACCUGGUACUAUGGCCGCAUCUCGGACUGGCCAGACAACUGCUGCUGGUUCUCCCUAUUCCAAGAAGGAUUUAAAGGGGAAUUGCACUGCAGGCAAUGCAUCAGAGCAGCAGCAUCGGGAGCUUGGGGACUAAGGCUCCUCGGGCAUUAUUACAGACACACAGAGCUGACCGCAAUGACAGCAGCUGCUCCUUUGAACUGUUGGCAGCAGCCAAGCGGCAGCAUGAAGUGAGAGAUCACUCCUGAGCUCAAGAUGAACUCUACCUUGGAUGGUAAUCAGAGCAGCCACCCUUUUUGCCUCUUGGCAUUUGGCUAUUUGGAAACUGUCAAUUUUUGCCUUUUGGAAGUAUUAAUUAUUGUCUUUCUAACUGUGUUGAUUAUUUCUGGCAACAUUAUUGUGAUUUUUGUAUUUCAUUGUGCACCUUUGUUGAACCACCAUACUACAAGUUAUUUUAUCCAGACUAUGGCAUAUGCUGACCUCUUGGUUGGGGUAAGCUGCCUGGUCCCUUCUUUAUCACUUCUCCACUACCCGCUUCCAGUAGAGGAGUCCUUGACUUGCCAGGUAUUUGGUUUUGUAGUAUCAGUUCUGAAGAGUGUCUCCAUGGCCUCUCUGGCCUGUAUCAGCAUCGAUAGAUAUAUUGCCAUCACUAAGCCUCUAACCUAUAAUACCCUGGUUACGCCCUGGAGACUGCGUCUGUGUAUUUUCCUGAUUUGGCUAUACUCCACCCUGGUCUUCCUGCCUUCCUUUUUCCACUGGGGCAAACCUGGAUAUCAUGGAGAUGUGUUUCAGUGGUGUGCGGAGUCCUGGCACACCGACCCCUACUUCACCCUGUUCAUCGUGAUGAUGUUAUAUGCCCCAGCAGCCCUCAUUGUGUGCUUCACCUAUUUCAACAUCUUCCGCAUCUGCCAACAGCACACAAAGGAAAUCAGCGAAAGGCAAGCCCGCUUCAGCAGCCAGAGUGGGGAGACUGGGGAGGUGCAGGCCUGUCCUGAUAAGCGCUAUGCCAUGGUCCUGUUCCGAAUUACUAGUGUAUUUUACAUCCUCUGGUUGCCAUACAUCAUCUACUUCUUACUGGAGAGCUCCACUGGCCACAGCAACCGCUUCGCAUCCUUCUUGACCACCUGGCUUGCUAUUAGUAAUAGUUUCUGCAACUGUGUCAUUUAUAGUCUUUCCAACAGUGUCUUCCAAAGGGGACUAAAGCGCCUCUCAGGGGCCAUGUGUACUUCUUGUGCAAGUCAGAUGAUAGCUAAGGACCCUUACACAGUUAGGAGCAAAGGCCCCCUUAAUGGAUUUCAUGUCUGAAGUGGUUCAGAUAUUGGGUCACUGUGUUGUGUGUGUGUGUGUGUGUGUGUGUGUGUGUGUGUUUCCUUUUUAUCUUUUUGUAUUUCUAGUUCACUGGGAAAUAUGGGACAAAAUAGUUUGACUCUAAGCAAUAGUUAACAAAUGAUCCAUCCAAAAUACCUUUUAAGUUUGCAGAAAUGAUUUUUUUAAUGCUUUCAAAUGAGAAGAAUCAGGACCAUGAAGAUAAAUUGCUCUUCGUUCCUAUUUCCAUAAUGUCAUGGAAAUGACUGUAUUUAAUUCUCAGACUUAAAAUGAAUAAAGCCAUAUCUAACACCUCUCUCCAGCUGGCAUGACUGAACCUGGGUGUGAAAAGCGUCAGCAUUUUUAAAAGUCAUCAUUUUCUUGUUGCUUUUCUGGGUUCUUUCCAGCUGUUUGAGCUUCAUGUACAAUUGAUUUCUUUUAACAGGAAAUAUUAAAAUACAGUGAUGAAUUAACAGGGUUUUAAAAUUUUCUUUACAUCUGUCAAAGUGUAACUACCCUGCAGGUUUCCACACUGUCAUUCAGAAAGUCAAAUGUUUUAUGUCUUAUUCUCUUGAGAGAAUUCUCAAUACAGUGAAUAAUGUGAAAACUUAAACAUUAAUUUAAAAUUUGGGGGGACUUCCCUGGCGGUUCAGUGGUUAAGACUUUGCCUUCCAGUGCAGGGGGUGUGGGUUCAGUCCCUGGUUGAGGAGCUAAUAUCCCACAUGUCUCAUUGCCAAGAAACCAAAAAACAUAAAAGAGAAGCAAUAUUGUAACAAAUUCGGUAAAGACUUUAAAAAAAAAAAUGGUCCACAUCAAAAAAAAAUCUUAAAAAAUAAAUUUAAAAAAAUAAUAAAAAUUUUGCAUUGAACCAUGAAGCAAAAGUACAGUCAAAUCAUAUAAUUUAUAGAAAAACUAAGCUGUAUUUUAUGCCAUGCUUCACUGAGACCUAAACAAAUGUGUAUACUGAAAGUGAUUGUGUUGUAGUAUUUUUGCCCAAGCCUUUGUGUGUGUGUGUAUUGAGAAUAUUUGAAUUGAGUUAGAUUUCUCUUUUACAGCAAAAUGCAUUUAAAUAAGCUGAAAAAUAA